AUGGCGCCGCGCAGCAGCCGCACGCGCAACAACAGCGCCUGGGCAGCUGCCAGCCGCCGGCAGGCAGUGGCCGCUGCGGCUCUCGCAGCUCCAGCGGCGCUGCCGCGACGCCCGCUGCGCAGCGGCGAGGCGCUGGCGCUGUGGGCGCCAAGGCCAGUGUCAGCGGCCUGGCAGAGCCAGCAGCUGCGGACGCUGCUCUUGUCGACCCCGGCCGCUGCUGCCGCCAGUCCGCCCGCGGCGGCCCGGCGCGCCCUGGCGCCGCAGGGCGCCGCGGGGGGCCCCGUGAGGGCCGCCCUCUCUGCCGUGGCAUCGCUGGUGGCCGCGGGGGCGCAGGUCCUCGCCUGGCGGCCUGGCCGGGCAGCGGCGGCGAGCGGGCUCGGGCCGGCAGCGGAGGGGCGGCGGCGGGCGCCCAGAGCGGCAGGUCCGCCGCGCGGCGGCUCGGCAGCCACGGAGGCUGCCGCUCGGAGGGCGGCUCCGCGGGCGCCCGCGCCGAGGGCGGCCGCCGGGGCGGUGGCGGCGGGGCUCCCGCGCAGCCGGUCGGCUGCCGCACAGGAGGCGGCGCUGCGGGCAUUUUUGUUGGGCGGCCGGCGCUGA